GCUGCUGGCUACAGGGAGCCCGGCCGGACUACAUUCACUGUUAAUCCAUCACAAGGAGCAUGUAGGGACAACCUGCUGGACUUUCUACUUUUCCUCGCCACUCUCCGGCCUGUUGGGAGUUGUAUUCUGGCCUCUCUGAGGAUGUGAGGAUGCCAUCUUUACAGGCACUCUGAGAAAACCUGUCAGUGCUGGAAGUUCAUGGCCAAAUGUAGAGCUACCGUGGCCGACGAAAAGCAGUUUGAGGGCACAAUGUCAGCCACUCAGGGGAUGAACCGCAGUGGCGCCUACAACUACUUCCUCAACAUGGUGGCCUAUCAGAUCUGCUGUUGCUGUGGACCGGCUCCCUGCUCGCUCUGCUGUGCCUUCUGUCCUCCGGUCAAAUCCUCCACCAGCACACGGGUCAUGUACACCCUCUUCCACAUCAUGAGCUGCGCCGUCUCCUGCCUCAUGCUGUCCCGCACUGUCUCCGAGCUCGUCAGGGAAAAUGUGCCUUUCUUCAACGUGGUGUGUGACCAGGCACACGGCGGAGGCCACUGUGAGAUGCUGGUGGGCUACUCAGCGGUCUACAGAGUCUGCUUUGGUACUUCCUGUUUCUAUCUGAUGAUGGCCAUCUUCCUCAUAGACGUCAAGUCCAGUCAGGACUUCAGAGCACUCAUACACAACGGCUUCUGGUUCCUGAAGUUGAUCACUCUGCUUGGGAUGUGCACCGCUGCCUUCUUCAUCCCUACAGAGUCCUUCCUGCACGCUUGGCAUUAUGUUGGUGUGGUGGGAGGGUUUGCCUUCAUCCUCAUCCAACUCAUCCUCAUCACAGCUUUUGCACACACCUGGAACAAGAACUGGUUGACCGGAGCAGCAGAGAACAAGCGCUGGUAUCUGGCGGUGAUGUGCGCCACACUCUUCUUCUACACUAUUGCCACCAUGGCCUUCACCUUCAUGUACAAGUACUACACACAUCCCAUCGCCUGCCACUUCAACAAGGUCCUGUUGUGGAUCAACCUGGGACUGUGCGGCCUCAUGUCCUUCAUUGCCGUCACGCCGUGCGUGAAGCAGAAGCAGCCUCGCUCGGGGCUCCUCCAGGCCUCCAUCAUCAGCUGUUAUGUCAUGUACCUCACUUUCUCUGCAUUGUCCAGCCGCCCACCAGAGAAAGUGGUUUAUCAGGGCAUGAACAUGACCGUCUGUUACCCCAGUGUGGGACAAGAUGGCAUCCAGAAAGAAGGUAACGCUGUGGCCAUAAUAGGAGCUGCCAUCAUGUACUGCUGCGUCCUCUUUGCAUGUAAUGAAGCUUCCUACCUGGCAGAGGUGUUUGGACCAUUUUGGAUGAUCAAAGUUUACCGCUACGAGUUCCAGAAAGCCACCUGCUGCUUCUGCUGCCCCGAGGAAGAGGAAGUUGAGGAUGAGAUUGAGGUUGAUGACGAAAACAAAGGCUGUCAGAAGGUCAUCCACAACGAGACACAGAGAGUGGCUUACAGCUACUUCUUCUUCCAUUUUGUCUUCUUCUUGGCCUCACUUUACGUCAUGAUGACCCUUACUAACUGGUUCAGCUAUGAGUCAGCAGUGCUGGAGACCACCUUCACCCAUGGCAGCUGGUCUACCUUCUGGGUGAAAAUGUCGUCCUGCUGGGCCUGUGUGAUCCUCUACCUCUGGCUGUUGCUGGGCCCUCUGUGCAGCUGUCAGUCUGAAUCCAGACCUCGUCGCGCACGCAUUAAACGACGCUCAGGAUCCUCCCGCCACGUCUCUGUCAGUGUCUGACUCGCUGUGUGAGGGGCCGGGCAGGAAGGAGGUAGAGAUAUGAGGGGCAGGUGACUCCUGGAGCCUCCUCGCAGGUGCCCUGCAGGAAGAGAUUUUCCUGGAUGGAGGUCACAGGGUCACAGGGUCACGGUUCAAAGACUCACAGUGCUGUGAGAAGGACCAAUCACAGGGCUCAGUGCCCUGUGGAUAGAAGAAGAACUGGAUGAAGCUCUGAACUCUAAACUCAAUUAAAAAACCAGCAACGAGGAGUGGAUUGUGGUUUGGAAACACACUUCCAGUCUGAUUUGCCAAAGGGAUCAGGAGGGUUGAACUGUCACCCUGUUUAAUGUGGAAAUUACAGUAAGUUGGUGGAUACAUUUCUGAACUUUAUUUUUAGUAUUUUUUCCAAUUUUUGGCUGUAUUUAGACUUUAAAUAUUAUACCAGAGGAGGAAUGCUAGAUAUUUGAUGUCAUUUGGGGACAGAGGCACACACCCCAGUUAUGUUUUUAUCUUUCUGAUGAUGAAAAAUCUGCCUGAACAAAUAAAGUCCUGCUAGUCCUCUGACAUGAGGCAGACAGUUAGUGGUUUGAUCAUGAACAAAUCUGUCUCAAAGUUCAAACAUAAGAUAGUCCUUACUGACACAUCUCAGUGGCUCACAACAGCUAUAUGCAUGCACAGUGUUAUCUUUUGUCCAACUAAACACUAAAACAGAUGUUGUCUCUGAGGUGUCAUCUGUGCAGUCAGCAGGUUUAGUUAUUCGUUAUAUUAAAACCAAUAAUAGGGGUGUCCAGUGGCUUCGAGGAUUAAGCAGGCACCCCAUGAAUAAUGGCACUAUCCAUGCCACAGAAGUCACAGAUUCAAGUCCAGUUCACAGCCCUUUGCUGCAUGUCAUUCCCUCU